AUGAUAAUCAAAAAGACAUUGUUGGUAUCAGUUUUUGUUCUUUUCGGUUGUUUGUUCUCAAUCAAUAAGGCUGCUGAUGAUGCUGCAGAUACAGCGGAUAAGGAAUUAAUGUCAAAAUUAUUCACAGUGGUUUUUAAAUGCUUUAAGGAUGCCGAUUGGGGCACGUGCGGUGAAAUGAUAACAACUAAAUACGACAUAACUCAAGCUAAAUAUAAACAAUGCACAUGUCACAUGGCGUGUGCCGGGGAAGAACUUGGAAUGAUAAAUGCUUCGGGGCAACCAGAACCUGCGAAGUUCCUCGAAUACGUGAACAAAAUCAAUAAUCCAAGCAUUAAGAGUCAAUUGCAACUUAUUUACGACAAAUGCCAAAAUGUCAAAGGGUCGGAGAAAUGCGAUCUCGCAGAACAAUUUGCUAUAUGUGCUUUUAAGGAAUCGCCAGCACUGAAAGAACGCGUUUCUACGUUGAUGGAAAUGUUAGUGAAGAUGAAACCAAAAUCGAAAUAA